UAAGUCGCAGCUGAUACAAGCAGAGGCAGUUUCCCCCUUCUCUCUCUUACAUAGCUCACAGCUUCUGGCUGCAGAAUAUCAUGCGCCUGUGUGUGUGUAUUGUGCUCAUAGCUGCACAUCUGGGAUCUGAAAUUGUGGUUUGUGGUUCUUCUGGCAGGGUGGAGAAGACAUCGCCCUCUCAGAGCUGCUCCCAGGUGAAGCUGAAACCUGCUGGACAAUGCGAAAAUGAAGAGGAAUGCCCCUACCAGAUCACCCUUCCUCCUCUCACCAUCGAGCUGCCCAAGCAGUUCCAGCUGCUGAAAAAAGCCAUGUCGGAGCUGCAGAGCAUGAAGGAGACAGUGAAGCAACUGAAGAGUGCCUGUCUAAGCUGCACCCUUCAAAGUGACAGUACAGGGACACAACACAGAGGAGACAAUGAUGGAACACCACCACCCAAAAAUAAGAGUUCAAGCAAUCCCAUCAAAGAGAUGAAUGUGAAGAUGACCAAGAUGUCCACCAGCCUGAAGAACGCUCACACACAGAUUAAAGACCUGCAGAAACAGGUGGAGCAACUCAGUGAAGUGAAGAAAGUGGGGACAAUUUUGGACAACAAGGGAGACAACAAGAGCUGCUUGACCGAGUGCCCUUAUUCAAACUCUCCAAUACACAUCCUAGCACCUCGAGACUGCUCAGAAUACAGUGUCAUGAAGAAGAGUAAGAAUGGAGUCUAUAAGGUUACCCCUGAUCCCAGAAAUGGGACCUUUGAGGUUUUCUGUGACAUGGAGUCCCAUGGUGGUGGCUGGACUGUUGUGCAGCACCGAAUCAACGGCAGUGUGAAUUUCAACCGCACCUGGUCUGACUAUAAGAAUGGCUUUGGGGACAUGCGUGGGGAGUUUUGGCUUGGAAAUGACCGUAUCCACCUGCUUACCAAAACCAAGGACAUGAUGCUGCGCAUAGAGCUUGAGGACUUCCAGGGCGUACAUGAGUAUGCAAAGUACAACCAUUUUUAUGUAUCAAAUGAAUUCCUUAAAUACCGCUUGUCCAUACGUGAAUACUCAGGGACUGCUGGUAAUGCCCUGCAUACCAAGGACUACGACCAUGAUCAGAUGUUUUUCACUACGUGGGACAGAGACAACGAUAAGUACGAUGCGGGAAGCUGUGGUGCUUACUACGGAUCGGGCUGGUGGUUCAAUUCCUGUAUGUCAGCUAACCUCAAUGGCAAAUACUACUACAAGAGGUACACGGGGAAGCGAGAUGGCAUUUACUGGAGCACAUGGCCCAAUAUGCCCAAGGAGCACUACCUGACCAACAGCAGGCAAUCAUUCAAAACGGUCAGGAUGAUGAUCAGGCCAAAGAACUAUGCUCCAUAAGUUAAUAAGAGGAUUAUUACAGAAAAGGACAAUUAGAUAAUGAAACAUUUAUGUUUAAAAUACAAGUUGUUCAGGACAAUUUGUUUUAAAAAAAUGAGAAAUGCAAAAAAAAAAAAAAAACCCAGCAGUGUGCAAAUGUUAAAAAAAAAAAAAAUCAAAAUUUAGGUAAUUACUUCUUCCUCUGUCUAAUACUGCCACCUAGGUGACCUGCAACGUAGACAUUGCAGAGUACAAGAGAAUAGCAACCACUAGGUUAUGCCUUUCAGCUCACAAUCUUGCUGUAGAGACUGGUUGAUGGGCUAGAAUUCCACGUGACGAACGAUUAUGCCCUUGUGGUGUAGUUCAAACUGAAGAACAUAUCCUUUGUAAAUGCCCAUUGACUGCAGAUAUCAGAUCAGAGAAUUCAGAUAUGAACUUUUCGAACAUUCAUUAUUUAAAAAAUAAAAUAAAAUUCUGAUAAAGUAAGAGUGUGUAAAAUAUGUGCGAAUUCCAUGAAAAGGUAUUAGUAGGCUUUCUCAUGAUCCCAGCGUUUUCUUUUGAGUAGUAGGGGCUAAGGUUAUAUCUUGCUGUCUAGCCUUAAAUCCUAUGAAAUUCUACUGUUGUAGGUUCAUAUUUGUAGCCCUUGAGAUGUUUUUGCUAUUUUAUUCGUGCUUAUUUCCUCAUCUUGGCUUGAUUAUUUUCUUUUUUUGGUAAAAGCUGUAUUAUUCAUGUUUUUUGUCCGUCCUGCUCGCUCUACAUAUAUUGGAUAUUAUAGCAAUAAACUAAUCGAGUCUAUUCUAAUCUAGGUUAAUAAAUCUAGGUCUAAUAGAACUUGCUACAUUUCUUGUAUCGCUCUCGGUAAAAUCCCACAUAGCCUUGAUGAUUUUUUUUAAUCGGAUACAUAUUCUAUUACAUAAUAUCACUCCAAUACUAAAAAAAAAAAUCUGUAACAUUGAAUAACAACAACGUGUCUUUUUUUUUACUACUGACACACUAAUACAUUAAGCAUAAAAAAGUCAUGUACAACAAAUUUGUAUAAAAACCUACUGUGCCUAAACCAUUUUCACACUCUAUAUGUGGUAAUUAAGUGCUUAUUUAGAAUUGACUUUGAAAAAAACAAAAAACAAAAUGUUUUUGUGUUCAUAUUUACAGAUUAACAUUUUUUUUUCAGAUGAACAAAAGCUGUGUGCAAACUCGAGCAUUUCUGUAUAGUUUUCUGUAUAUAUUUUAACUUGGUUUUAUAAUUAUUAAUGUAUAUGCCAAGUUAAAUUCAAAUAGAAACUUAUCAUUGCUUUUAUUAAACUUCAUUUUCCAAAGAAACCAAAAUAAAAAAAGUCAUGAUUGUAUAAA